AGGCCCAGCAGCUCCUGUGGCCCAUCUCGUGUUCUAAAUUUAAAACUGCCCUGGCCUUAAAAGGUCCUGACGGUGUCUUGUGCGUUCUGCCGAGUGGCAGCAUUAUUUUUGUUCUGUGGACUGCUGUCCUGUCCACUGCCCUCACCCUGCUGCUUUGCCUGAAUCUAAACUUGCUUUAGCUACUUUUGGAUUAACGCACCUUUUUUCCUUGUUGAGGAUUGUUUAGUUCAAAUUUGUGGGCUGGUAAGGCAGUCGCUUUAAAGUUGGCGGAGUGGCCCUCAGGAUGUCAGGAUCAGUGCAAGUGGAGCAGAAGCAGCAGCAGCUGUGUCAACUGCUGGAGAAGCAGGAGCUGCAUCAACAGCUGGAGACGCAGCAGCACUUUGAGAGCAGCUAUUAUCUGAGCACCAGGUCAUCUGCUAGCAGGCAGGCAUUCUCCACCCACCAGACUCACAAGACCAGCAGCCAUCGCCUGAAGACCUCUGUGAAAACAAAGAAGGGUCAGGAGGUCAAACUGAGCCCGUUACCCAAAAGAGCCAAACGCACCUACCUGGCGAUGGACAAGGAUAAGGAAGUCAUUGGCUACGUCGUUCCUGUAUUCAGAGCCAAUCAUGAUGUGGUUCGGGGUCUGAUGGAGACCCAAGAGGAAGAUGCCACGGAGGAGGGGAUUAACUAUGUGGCCAUGAGGAACCUGUUCGUCAGGGACGCCAAAGAGGCUCUGCAGGUCCGAGUGGAGAAGAAAACCAGGACAAAGCACGUCAGGGAAUCUGCAGAACGCCUGCAGUUUGACAGGACGAUGGAGGAAUGGAUGGAGUUUCGUAAGAAAAUGAACCCAGACAAGCUGACGCACCGUCCAGAGUUUAUUGUCAAGCCUCGUGGACAGACUGUCUGGGAGGGGAGGACGGUCCGACUGCACUGCACCGUGGCCGGAUGGCCCAAACCGAGGAUCGCCUGGUACAAAAACAAUGUGCUCAUUGAUGCCAAGGCCCACCCUGAGAAGUACACAGUUGAAAGCAACUACAACAUGCACUCCCUGGAGAUCAAGAACUGUGAUUUCCUGGACACUGCUCAGUACUAUGCCUCUGCCCUCAAUGUGAAAGGAGAAGCGUCCUCAGCAGCCACUGUUGUUGUCAAAAGGUAUAAGGAGGGCGAGGAAGAAGGGCUAUUUGAUCCUAAACCACAUGGUUUCUGCCCUGAGCACGGUGUGACCUUUCAAACAUCGAUCAUUGAUCAAUUUGAGGUGGCUUUUGGCCGCGAAGGGGAAACGUUGAGUCUGGGCUGCACCAUCAUCAUCUUUCCCACUGUGAAGAAAUACCAACCUGAAGUUGUGUGGUACAGAAACUCGGUCCCUCUGAAGCCGUCUAAAUGGGUGCACACCCACUGGUCCGGGGAGCGGGCCGUGCUCACCCUCACCCACCUCAACAAGGAGGACGAGGGCAUGUACACCGUGCGCGUCAACACCAAAUCAGGCUUUGACACCUACUCGGCCUACGUGUUUGUCAGAGAUGCUGAUGUGGAGGUGGAGGGGGUUCCUGUGGCCCCGCUGGAUGUGCGUUGCCAUGACGUUAAUAAGGAUUAUGUGGUGGUAACCUGGAAGCAGCCAGCGGUGGAGGGCAGCAGUCCCAUUCUGGGAUACUACAUUGAUAGGUGUGAGGUGGGUGCCCAUCACUGGACUCAAUGUAACGAUAACCCAGUGAAGUACGCCCGCUUCCCAGUAACGGGACUGGUGGAAGGACGUUCUUACGUCUUCAGGGUGAGGGCCUUGAACAAGGAGGGAGUGAGUCGUCCAUCCCGCGUCUCUGAGGCUGUUGUUGCCAUGGAUCCAUCUGACAGGGCCAGACUGAGAGCCGGGCCUUCAGCACCAUGGACCGGGGUGAUCAGGUUCACAGAGGAGGAUCCCACCGUGGGAGUUGUUCCUGGAGAACCAACCGAUGUCAUUGUAACCGAGGCAACCAAGAGCUACGUGGUGCUUGCCUGGAAGCCCCCAGUGCAGAGGGGUCAUGAGGGGGUCAUGUAUUACAUUGAGAAGUGUGUUUCCGGGUCAGACACCUGGCAGAGGGUUAACACCGGCAUGCCGGUGAAGUCUCCUCGCUUUGCCCUUUUUGACCUGGCUGAGGGUAAAUCCUACAGCUUUCGUGUGCGCUGCUGCAACUCCGCCGGCGUGGGCGAGCCCUCCGAAUCCACGGGAGAAAUCACAGUUGGAGAUAAACUCGAUCAGCCCUCCGCUCCAGGCACUCCAGUACCCACCAGGAACACCGACACCUCUGUGGUGGUCUUCUGGGGAGCCUCUAAGGAUGCCAAGCAGCUGGUUGGCUAUUACAUUGAAUGCAGUGUGGUGGGCACUGAUGUCUGGACGCCUUGCAACAAUAAACCUGUAAAACAAACCAGGUUUGUCUGUCACGGCCUCAACACGGGGCUGAACUACGUGUUCAGGGUGAAGGCGGUGAACGCUGCAGGAUACAGCCAAUGUUCCUCCACUUCUGAUGCUGUGGUUGUACAAGCAGCCAUCUCCGUACCUGGAGAGCCCACCGGUGUGACCCAGCUGGAGGCCGUCAAUGACUACAUGGUCAUGUCUUGGACUCCACCCCUAAACAAUGGUGGAGCUGAAAUCAGGGGAUAUUUCAUAGACUACAGGACUGUGAAGGGAGAUCAUUUUGGAAAAUGGCACGAAAUGAACGAACGGGCUCUUACCACAACCUCCUAUAAGGCUGAGAACCUGAAGGAAAAUCUGUUCUACCAGUUCCGGGUGCGUGCGAUGAACAUGGCCGGUGUGAGUAAACCCUCUGUGCCCAGUAAAGCUCUGGAAUGCAAAGAGUGGACCAUCACCGUUCCAGGUGCUCCUGUUGGUCUCUAUGUUCUGGAGGUCCGUGACACCUCCGCCGUGGUUCUAUGGGAACCUCCUGUAUUCGACGGUCGUAGUUCUGUCAACGGUUACUAUCUGGAUAUCAAGGAUGCUUCUGUUGGGGAGGAAGGUUGGAAGGCGGUUCAUGAGAAGACCAACAAAAGCAAGUUCAUGAAGGUGACCGAGCUGAAUGCUGGAACUUUUUACGUCUUCCGUGUCCGUGCUCAAAAUAUUGUCGGAGUUGGAAAACCUUCAGCUGUUUUAGGGCCAAUCCUGGCCCAGACUCGUCCUGGCACCAAAGAGAUUUAUGUGGAUGUGGACGACGAGGGUGUGAUUUCUAUGUUCUUUGAGUGCUCUGAGAUGAAAGCUGGCUCAGAGUUUGUUUGGUACAAGAAUUACCAGGAAAUAGUAGACACGUCUCGCCUGACUAUUAUCAACAAAGAGGGCAAAUCCAGAGCCAUCUUCAACAGUCCAUCUCUGGAAGAUCUGGGCACCUUCUCCUGUGUGGUCACCAACACCGAUGGCAUUUCCUCCAGCUACACUCUCACUGAGGAGGGACUUCUGCGCCUUCUGGAUCUUAGCCAUGAGCACAAGUUUCCAGUUAUUCCCUUCAAGGGUGAAAUGGCUAUGGAGCUGCUUGAAAAGGGUCGUGUUCGAUUCUGGACUCAGCUGGAGAAAUUCACUCCCGCCUGCCAAGUGGAGUACGUCUUCAACGAUGCCAUCAUAGAGGAAGGAAAGAAAUACACAAUGAAGUUUGAUAAAUCCACUGGCAUCAUCGAAAUGUUCAUGGACUCCCUAGAAGUCACAGACGAGGGAACGUUUACCUUUAACCUGGUGGAUGGAAAAGCUAAGGGCACAACCAGUCUGGUGCUAAUUGGAGAAGAAUUCAGGGAGCUUCAAAGGAAAUCCGAGUUCGAGCGUGCAGAAUGGGUCAGGAAACAAGGUCCUCACUUUGUCGAGUACCUUGACUUCACUGUGACUGAAGAAUGUGAUGUGCUGUUGAAAUGCAAGAUCGGAAAUGUCAAAGCCGAGACUGAGAUCAUUUGGUCCAAGGACUCCAUUGAGAUUGCAGAGGAUGAUGAAGAUUCUAAGAAAAUCGAAAGAAAGGACGGCGAGCUGACCUUUAACAUUGGAAAGUGGAUUAUUAAGCAAGAAUUAAAAGAGAAAGGAAGGAAAAAACCAUCUGCAAAGGACGUUCCCCUGCCACCAAGACCUAAAAUCUCCAAGCAAGACACGGGCAUUUACGAGGUCUUCCUUAGAGACGAGAGAGGAAAAGAUAAGAGCUCCUUCAGUCUGACUGACACGGGAUACCAGGCUGUAAUGAACGAGCUGUUCAGAGUUAUUGCCAACUCAUCUACUCAAAUCCAGGUUGUUAGUACUGAAAGUGGCAUCAUCCUUUACUCCAUGGUCACAUAUUAUGAUGAAAACCUGCGUGUCGGCUGGCUUCACAAAGACGCUAAGCUUGCUGCUUCAGAGAGAGUUAAGUCCGGUGUCACCGGAGAGCAGCUUUGGCUUAAGAUCAAUGAACCCACCGAGAAGGACAAGGGCAAAUACACCAUGGAUAUCUUUGACGGCAAGGAUGGUGUGAAGAGAGUCCUGGAACUGGGUGGCAAGAUAUGGGAGGAGGCCUUCGAAGAGUUCCAGAGGCUCAAAGCGGCAGCGAUCGCAGAGAGAAAUCGUGCUCGUGUUGUUGGCGGCUUGCCAGAUGUGGUUGCAAUCCAAGAGGGCAAGUCCCUGAACCUGACCGGCAACGUGUGGGGUGAGCCUUUACCCGAGGUGUGCUGGGUAAAGAACGAAAAGGAGCUGACGUCCGACGAUCACUACAAACUCAAGUUCGAGCACGGCAAAUUCGCCAGCAUCACGAUCGCCACCGUCACCACGGCCGACUCCGGGAAGUACGCUCUCGUGGUUAAGAACAAGUACGGCACAGAGGCUGGAGAGUUCACCGUCAGCGUGUACAAUCCGGAGGAAGAGGAAGGCAAAGAGAAGAAAGACUAAAACACGUGUAGAUAAAGUAACCACUGAGUUAUAUCCGAAUAGUUUCCCUCUGCAAUAAAGGAGUUCAAUAAAUCUUAAAUACA